UCGCGUUCUGUUGUCGUUCGAGUCAGUUGGGGGUUUUCCGUAUCUGUUGGAUACCAAACCAUUUGAUUGUCGGCUGGCGCCCGUGCCAGUUCGCUCCGCUCCGCGCUGCGCGUAUCUGUGAGUCUGUAUCUGAGUGUCGAGGGUCGCUGAGCGGCUAGGAAAACAUUAGUAGGUCCGACUAGCUAGCACAUUGGCACAUUGGCUGAGUGAAAUAUCUAAAGCCGACUGCAGAGCAACGCCAAAGCAACGCAACGCAACGCAACGCAAUACAAAAAAUACAACAAUAAAAUCAAAUAUUCCCAGCGCGUACGCUCCUCAAUAGAUACGAAGAAACAUCAAGAACAACAACAAUAGCAGAAUAUUACGAAAAAGCGCCAAGAAAAUUCAAAAAACAAAACGAGAAGAAUAUUUUAAUCGAACCUACAAAAAGUAUCUGUUGUUUUUUUUUUCUGUGUGUGUGUGUGUGUGUGUGUGUGUGUGUGGGGCAAACAGCUGUUGGUGCAACAAAAGCCUGAGCGGCGACGAUUAUCUUGAGUGUGGAAUAAAUUUUGCGACCAGCCGCCAACAACAAUAACAAAAACAUCAACAAAUUUGUUGUUUCUGGACCAACCCCACCCCCCCUCACGGGACCGCGCAGCUUGCGAGACCCAAAGCCGAAGGAAUUCGGAAAUUGAAAAUUGCGUUGCCGAAUCGAUCUUGAGUGGACGCGGAGGAGAGGCAAGUGCCCCCAAUUGAUUAAAAAUACCUAAACAGCGUCAGAAUUUGCUCACGUCAUGUAUCUACGAGAAAUGCUUAUGCUGGCCGGCCUGGUCCUCCUGCUCGGUGGUCUGCCGCAUCUCACGUCAACAAGCACGACCACCACCCUGGUGGCCGCCAUGUCGAUUGCCAAUCAGGACCUGGAGCGCUACUUUAGAGCAGCCAAUGCCACGCACACCUUCGCCAGCAUGGAGGAGCGGAUUGCCGUGGAUGUCUACAACUACGCCUUCCUCAACUGGUCAUAUGUGGACCACGGCAACACGCUGUGUGAGACGGAUUUCGCCCUGGAGCAGGCUCGCUAUGGCGAGGGCCGGGUGCUGAAUGUAACUGGCCGCUUGAUCCACAUCAGUGCCACCGACAACGUUAGCGAUGACUACGCCUGCACUCCCUAUAUCCGGGGAACUAUGGGCGCCGCCAUGCCCGACAAGGGGGUGGAAUGGAUUGCCCUGGUUAGACGCGGCCGCUGUACAUUCGAGGAAAAGGUUAAGCAUGUCUAUCAGCAGAACGCCGCCGGUGUCAUUAUCUACAACGACAAGCAGGUGACUCAGCUGGAGAAGAUGCAGAUCAAGGGCAAGACGCGAAACAUUGCUGCUGUGAUAACGUAUCAAAAUAUCGGACAAGAUCUGGCAAUGACUGUUGAUAGGGGAUACAUUGUGAACAUAUCGAUAAUCGAGGGACGCCGUGGUGUGCGAACUGUCAGUAGCUUAAACCGAACUUCAGUGUUAUUCGUCUCCAUCUCAUUCAUCGUUCUGAUGAUAAUAUCGCUGGUAUGGCUCAUCUUCUACUAUAUUCAGAGGUUCCGUUACAUGCAGGCGAAGGAUCAGCAAUCGCGCAAUCUGUGCUCUGUAACCAAAAAAGCCAUCAUGAAGAUACCAACGAAGACGGGAAAAAUAAGCGAUGAGAAGGACCUGGACAGCGAUUGCUGUGCCAUAUGCAUUGAGGCCUACAAGCCCACGGACACAAUACGCAUAUUGCCGUGCAAACACGAAUUCCAUAAGAAUUGCAUCGAUCCGUGGCUCAUCGAGCAUCGAACCUGUCCGAUGUGCAAACUAGAUGUGCUCAAAUUCUAUGGCUAUGUGUUUCUGGGCAGCGAAGAGAGCAUACUGGAAUACCAGCCAGAUCGUCCGGAUGUCGCAAGAAUUGUGGAAGUGGGCCCCCAGGGCUCUGGCACGGACCCCGGUCAGGGCCCACCUUUGACACGCCCCACUGCCUUGGCCGACCUCAUUCGCAGUCGGGACUUCGUGAUAGACUUUCCUCGGGUGUUCGUCCUCGAAAGUGGCAGCGUGGUGGGCGCCCGCGAAAUGCUUUUCCCCAGCCGACUACCGGAGAGGUCGCAGAGUUCGUUGUCGCUCCGGCAGGCGCGCGACUGGAUGAGCCUGAUGACCAACAAGCUGGAGGAGCAGCAGGGACUGCGACGUCUGCGAAAGGAUGAAAUGCAGCAGCAACUUCUGGGCGCCCGGGAAUCGGCCCGCCAUCGUCGCUCGCGCUCCGCGGAUGGUCGCUACUCCACCGGAUGCUUUGGCGGCCGACAGCGCCAGCUUUCAGUCCAGGGAACCCAGCUUCAGCCGGACAUCCCUCAGAUUCCUCGAUCGAGCUCCUCCCAAUCCCUGCAACAGCUGACGGAUGCUUCGUACGCUCAGUCCAGUCAGCGGCAGCGGGAGACCUUCGACUUUGCCAGAACGCGGCGCCGCUUCAUGGGGCGGGAAAGCGAUGAGAUAUCCUUGCGCCCAUUACCCAGGCGAGGGGGUAUGGUAGGCACUGGGGGAACAGCUCCUGCCCAGGCCAAUCGUGAGAGGGAGGUCAGCGGAAACGGAAACGGAAACGGAGACUACAUCACCAUUCAGGUGAAUGGGGAAGGCGUCGAUUUCAAUGAAUGA